AUGCUCAACUUCGGCGCGGGGUGGAAGCUGGAAAUUCGACCUCCGCUGGCGGGAAACCUUGGCUUGGGUGGCGAUCCGUCGUCCGCAGCAUCUUUCCUGCCGUCGAGUGUGCCGGUGCAGCGAUAUGAUGGGCAGUGCAAGCGACUGGCUCGAGCAUGGUUGGAUUCUGCCAUGCUGCCGCGACGACGUGCAUCGUUGCCAUGCUGCGGCGGCCGGCUUGCCGACCGCGUGGAAGCUUCGAUCUCGGCUACCUUUUUUUCUCGCCUGCCGAAGCGUGCAGCGUUCCAUGGAUGCGUCACCAACAACGAUGGUCAACGCGAGCUCUGGGGACAAGGCAAAGGCUUGAGCAUGUUUGGCGAUGCGGCUUGGACCCAGUCGAGCAUCGACACAUGUCUCAUUUGCCACAAGGAUGGGAGUCUUUGGCUUUGUACGAGAACGGUGUUGGUGUGGCGAGGUGUAGCCAAGUCGCUACCUGCAGGCUACGAUCGCUCUGGCGUAGGACAUGCUGGCUCGGGCAUGGCGGACGUACGCCCCAUUCGUAUACACACGCUACUGCAACACACGCUACUGCACUCGCCCACUGCAUCGGAUCGUCGUGCACAGCAAGCCACCCAGUCCAGCCAACGCCCAGAGUCAAAGCGCUUCGGCUUCUGCUGCCUGUGUCUCGGCACAAAGAUCCGCCAAUCUGCCCUAUCAAAUCAAGACGUCGGCGAAAAUGCCCUUACGAGGCCAAGUACGGUGCUGCUGCAUGCAUCUCUCCGUGCUCUGCUAGAGGCGUCGGCUGCAACAUCUUUCCGCAGGUCAGCGCGGCUGCAUUCGGCCACCUACGAUCCGCAUCUGCUGUGCCUUGCAGACCAAUUGUGCUGGCGCCAUACGCCCAACGCCGCGUUCCUGAACAUCCUCUACCCGCAUCCUGUCGCCACUUGA